GUGUUUAGAAACUUUUUUUUGUUGACAAUCGCGUUACUUUCAUAAAUCUUCAUUUAAUACUAUAAGUAAGGAUCCUAUCAAGCUACAAAAUCAUUCAAUCGAGGGAGUAGAUCACAGGAAACAACAAUAUGGAUUCAAUGAGCUUAAGUUUAGAUGAUAUAAUUAAAAAGAACAAAACAAAGUUUAAACCAUCGGAUAAGAAGAAAAAAGUAAUCAAUUCUGGUAAGAUUGUGAAGAAAACAAACAUCAUAAGGAAGAAGCAGCAAAUAUCACCAAGAAUUAAUUUGGAUGCUAGAGCUAAAAUAAUCCAGAAAAACAGGAGAAAGAUCCAUGAUGCUCGGGAAAAGAUUGCUGAAAGUGCGAGACGUACAAUUAAAGAUGCAAGAGAGUUACUGUCAUCCAAAAAGAAGCCAAUUGCUGUCAGAAAGCCGAAUAUUAAGGCACAACUUACAGGCAGGACACAAAUUCCACAUAUGAGCAGUAAUGCAAGACGUGGAGCACAUUUAAGAAUGGAUGAUGAUCUUUUAAUGGAUGAUGACGAUCUCGAGCUUGAAGAUUUGAAUAAAUUCAGGACAAAACCAGUUGCAAAUUUGCGUAGAACAGUCCAGAAUGACAUUUAUAGAGCAUCAUCGCCUCCACUUCGCGCUAUGCCAAAACUUCCAACGUUCUCUAUUCAAAAUCGUGAGGUAUCUCCAUCAAUUGAUCCAUUUGACUGUUAUGUCGUACCAACACGACUUCCAAUUCCUCUACCUCCAAGAAACAUCACAGAACGUUAUCAUCCAAAUAGAGGAGUUAUGAGUGCUCAUAUGGAUGCAUACGCAAAAGAUGAACCAGCACGUAAAAGUAUUUUGAGAAGUAACUCGAGACCUGAUGAUCAUGACGAUCGAUUCGAAAGCGACCGAUAUGUUAUAGCUGAACCAAAAAGUCGCUCAUACACAAAUGAAUCUGCUGGAAUAUUUGCCAAUGUCACAUCACCACCAAGAAGUGGAAGUAGCAGUAGCUUAAUUAAAGGUCAUCGUAUUAUCGUUAAUAAUUUAGAUCAAACUGUCACGGAAGGUGAAAUGCGUGAAUUGUUUAGUGACAUUGGUGAAGUCGUGUCAGCAAAGAUUAUUAAACCAGGAACUGCAGAAAUCAUUUAUAGACACGUUGGUGAUGACGAACGAGCACAUGAAGCCUAUCAUAAUAGAAUCUUAGAUGGCAGACCAAUGAAAAUCGCAUUAGUAGGCACAAACAACAAAUACCGAAUGUGAACUUAUUUUGAGGAUUUUGGAACAGCCACACGUUACUGAUUGCUUUUUAUGUGGACUAAGAAUUUACUUUAUUUGAGAUUUUAAAUAGAAUUUUGAUUGCUCCAAUUUGUGUAAUUAUGGAAGAUUUUUAAGAAAAAUAAUAAAUCAGUUAUUUUCUUCCCAGA